UCACAUGUCGCAUAAUUCCAUUACCUUACAGUCAUUUGAGUGAAAAUGAGUACUGUAUUGGUUUAUAUUUUACUAUGUGUUAAUUUUGCAUAUCCCGCGAAAAUUCUUGGUGUGUUUCUCAUCAAUGGAUAUAGCCAUACCAUGGUCUUCAGUUCAAUCAUCAAUGACCUUGCGAGGAGAGGUCAUGAUAUUACUUUGAUCACUAUUGAUCAAUUUCCGAUAGAAGAGGGUCACCAGAUUCGACAAAUUAAUUUCCACCAGGAGUUUUUGAAAGUUAAAGAAAAUUUCCCUGAGGUUUAUGAUACAUAUCCACCUAGAGAACUUACAAUGGAAGGAAUUAGAGGAACAUGUCAGGCCAGUCAUGAAUACCUCUUUAAUUCACCAGAAAUUCAAGAAUUGUUGAAUCAAUCAUCUGGAGAAAACAAAUUUGAUUUGGUGAUAGCGGAAUACCUCAUGGUUCUUACUCCCUUAUUGAAGGAAUUGUUCAAGGCGCCUGUUAUUGCUGUAUCUAAUGUGUACAUACCUGAAUUUCUCAUGCACAGAAUGACAGGGCAAUUAAAAUAUGACCAACCAGCGAAGAGUUUCACAGAAAGAAUGAUGACUUGGAGGCAUCAUUUGGAAAACUAUUUUAUUAUGGAAGGUUUCUCUGAUCUUCUUAAUGAAGAAACACAAAAAUAUGCUCCGCAGGUUACCAAAACCGCGGAGGAAAUGAGGUCCAAUACAGAUCUUAUACUUUUCGUAGAUAUUCCUGGGUUUUUACCUGCAAGAUCACUUCCCCGAUAUGUCAUACCCAUUGGUCCCACCCAUUUUAAUGAUUCUAGUACUUUAACAAAAGAAUUGAAAGAUUACUUGGAUAAUUCUACCCAAGGAGUUGUUUAUGUAAGCAUGGGAACCAUAGUUGCAUUAGAUAACUUACCACUGGAAAGAAAACAACAAUUUUUGGAAGUAUUCCAACAACUACCUUAUAAUUUCAUCCUGAAAUGUGGUAAAUGUGAUCUCGGUGUGCUUCCAAACGUCAAAGUUGUCAAGUGGGUCGAUCAAGUCUCACUCCUCGGUCACCCCAACAUCAAGGCUUUUGUUAGUCACGGUGGCUAUCAAUCGACAUUGGAAGCUGUAUACCAAGCUAUUCCAAUGGUUGUCUUCCCCAUGUUUUUGAUCAGGAACGAAAUGCUGAUCAGAUCGCCGCCAACGACAUGGGGUUGAAGUUGGACAUUACGAACUUUGCAGCUUCAGACCUAGCGGGGGCAAUUGUGCGAGUCAUUCAAGAUCCAAAGUAUAAAGAGAAUAUGAUGGACAGAUCGAUCGCGUUACGAACACAACCUAUCAAAGGGGUCGACAUGAUCGCAUUCUGGGUCGACUAUCUUGCCAAGCACAAACAUGUCAAAUUCCUGCAUGGCGAGUCCAAACACAUGCCCUUUAUUCAAUUCUUCAAUUUGGACAUCAUUCUUUUUCAUAUCGUGGUAAUUGUUGGCAUCACUUUUGUUAUCAUGAGGCGUUGCUAAUAUUUAGUUGUUUAAAAAAUUAAUUUGUUACAAAUACAAUAAAGAAUCGUAAUUUGUCA